GAACGGGGGCGGGCAGAGUAAGAUAUAAGCGGGAUGAAGUGCUGCUGGGAUUCCCAGUGAGCUGCGGAGCUGUUCUUGCCAGUGCUGCUUCAGAGUGAACUUAGAGAAAAGGACACAGGAGACAAGAAACAAGGACUGAAUAUCUUGGUAAGAGCUGUAUUCUUUUUGGACAGGCAGGGAAGGAAAAAUAAGUAAAUUAAAAAACCCUGAGCAGAUCAGAGGUUUGAGUAGUAUAAGACAUAUAUGUGUCCCAAAAAAGCUCUUAAAUGCAUUUUUUAAAUCCUUAGGGAAAUAUCAUAGUGAAGUUUCCUCUUUUUCAUUUUUCUUUUUCUUCUCAUAUGAACAUAAUGGCCUCAAAAAAAGAGUUCAUAGCAGCAUGAUCAAGGAGGCCAAUUUGGGUCCAUAAGUAAGUGUGGACUCAUGGAUCCCAUUGCUCUUGUCUGUGUCCAUCCUUGGGAACCCUUGGAAUGGGAUGUGUUAUCCCUGAGAGAAGUGAGGCCAGUGGAGGUCUCUCCCCUGGGCAUGUUGCCUGCAGAACCCCUUCCAGAGCACAGCAGAAGGCCUGGCCUUUGGGGUGGGAUCAGUUUGGUCAGAGGUGUGACCUCCUUUGACCAGGGACAUGUCCUACUCUAGCAGGGGGUGUUGCUGAGCAGGGUUGAUGGUCAGGCUGAAAUGAAUGUGCCAAGGGACAGAGAAGGGACCUGAGAGGUCCCUCUCCACUCCCGGAGUGUGAGGCAGAAGAGUCUCACCCUCUCAUGGGUGGCUGUGCUCUGGUGGGACUGAGGCACCUGUGUGGUGCCUGCGUGCUGUGCCAGCUGAGGCAGCUCCCUGGCCCAGGAGAGCCUCAGUGGUCCCCGAGGGUCAAAACCCCCCCCCCCAGCACUGCUGUGGGGCUCCUGGUCCACAGGAGUGGCUCCUGGGCCAGCUGUGGCAUGUGUUCUGCCCCAGAACCUGCUCAGUGCAGUCCUAUGGUUCUUGGGGAAAGGUCCUUGUUAAAUGUCCUGUUUCUCUUUUUGAAUUUAUUUUCAUAUGUACCUGAUGUCUAGCUGGGCUGGUUGCUUUUACUGCUGCUGAGAAAGGUGCAGAAAUGUUAUUCGACGAAUUCAGAAGGAGAAAGAGGGAGAAAACCAACAAGUUCCUGGAAUCCAAGAUGGACGAGAACAUGCAGGACCUCAACAAAAAAGUAAAAGCUCUGCAUAAAGAUUUCAAAAAAUUAGAGGAGUCCACAAAGAAUGAGGUCGAGACAAUGAGAGCACACCUGGAGAAGCAAGGAUGCAAGGAGAUGAAUGUUGUAUUGCUCCUGUUAUCAGUGUUGGACAAGAACCUCCAGGAGUUCUCCCAGAAAAUUGAAACUAUGGAAGAAGAUGUACAGAAAUGGCCAGAGACCACAAAGCGUGACCUUCAGCUUCAGAGACAUGAACUGGAGAGCCAAGGAUGCAAGGAGAAUGAAAUUGCAAGGGAGCUGAAAUCAGUGUUGGACAAGAACCUCCAGCAGCUCUCCCAGAAAAUUGAAACUCUGAAAAAAAAUGCACAGGAAUUGUCAAAGACCACAAAAUGUAACCUUCAGCUUCUCAGAGGUUUCCUGGAGAGCCAAGAAAGGGAGGAGCAAAGUUCAAGGGCUCAGCAAUGCAGAAUGGAGACGUUACUCGAGCAGCUCUGCCAAAGAUUUCAAAGUCUGGAACAAGCAAUAGAGAUGAGACAGGAGGUCCCAUAUCAUGACUUGCUGCUUUCCAGAAGAUACCUGGAGAACAACCAAGCCCACAGAUGCUGUCUGGGGAGAUGCAGAGAGAUGAUCCCCUUCUCCAUCCUGCCCCCUCAGGCCUUUGCCAAAGCCUCAGGAACACCCACAGCUCUCCUGCAGUCCAUCCAUCCAAAGCAAUUCAAAGAACCUGGGAUAGCCAUGCUGCGAGAAGAGAUGAUUCAUCUACGAGUCCUGGAAUUGGCAAGAGGGGAGAGGAUUAAUAAUAUAUGGACUGACUCCAGAUCUGCAUUUGAGAUAGGGCCUGCUCAGGGUGCUGUCCAGAACAGAAGAUUGUGUGAAGGUCAAGGCUUUUUCAGGUCAGUGUCUGGAGGAGAAGUGGAAUGGAUCACACCAGGUGCUUCUGACAACCUUCAUGCCAAUCAAGAUGAAAGAACAGCCUGCCUGGAUUCACUAUUCAGGAGGCAUCCAAAGGAGCAUGGACCUCAGAGCCAGUAGGACUAACGAUCUGCAAGUUCUGAUGCUGACCCUUGGUGUUCUGAUCAGUAUCAUAAUUCUGGCUCUAAUCUUUACCUUACCCUGGCCAUAGUCCCCACACUCACAUCAGCUGUCGCCGUGAUAUUUUCUGAAAAAUCCCUUCGCCAGGAUUUCUUCUCAUGGGAGAUUGGGAGGCCUUGGAGAGGAAUGAAAAUAAUAAUUAUCUGAUUGCUUUUCCCUGUUUUGCUGCUUUGGAAUUUCAUCUGGAGAUUGUUUGUCCAGCAGGUGGUUGGUUGAUUGGUCUCAUGUGAAUUGUUUUACUUAAUGACCAAUUCCUGUCCUGCUGUGUCAGACUCUGAGGAAUCAAUCACAAGUUUUCAUUAUCAUUCUUGUUAAGCCUUCUGUCUCUAUUGUUCUCUAUAGUUUAGUAUAGUUUGAGUAUAGCAUUCUUUAAUAUCAUGUAAUAUAUCAUAUAUCUUAUAUCAUUAUAUCAUACAUAUCAUAUAUAUCAUAUAUCAUAAUAUAAUAAAUCAGCCUUCUAAGAA